GCCCGCCUCCGCCCGAGCCUCCGCCCGCGCGACCGAGCGAGCGCCGUCGGGGCGGGCGGGGGACGGAGCGCGCGCCCACCGCGUCCCUGCCCCCCUCGAUGGGCGCGGGGGCGUCCCGGCCGCCGCAGCCGCCGCAGGAGCCCGGCAGAGCCGUCGUCGCGGAGCGCGCCGCAGCUGCGGGCCGCGUAGGUUAAGCCCAUCCACAGUAAUGGCCACAGCCUUACCUAGGACCCUGGGGGAGCUGCAGCUGUAUAGAAUAUUGCAAAAAGCCAACCUGCUUUCUUACUUUGAUGCCUUUAUCCAACAAGGUGGUGAUGAUGUCCAGCAACUGUGUGAAGCUGGAGAAGAGGAAUUUUUGGAAAUAAUGGCACUUGUGGGCAUGGCAAGCAAGCCCCUUCACGUUAGAAGGCUUCAGAAGGCUUUGAGAGACUGGGUUACAAAUCCUGGCCUUUUCAAUCAGCCAUUGACUUCACUUCCUGUCAGUAGCAUACCCAUCUAUAAAUUACCAGAGGGAUCGCCAACAUGGCUGGGGAUAUCCUGCAAUAGUUAUGAAAGGAGUAGCAGCUCCCGAGAGCCACAUUUAAAAAUCCCUAAAUGUGCCGCCACCACCUGUGUGCAGAGCUUGGGUCAGGGCAAGUCAGAAGUGGGAAGUUUAGCACUGCAGAGUGUCAGCGAUUCCAGACUCUGGCAAGGACAUCAUGCCACUGAAAGCGAGCAUAGUCUCUCCCCAGCAGACCUGGGCUCCCCGGCCUCUCCAAAGGAAAGCAGCGAAGCCCUGGAUGCUGCAGCUGCACUCUCUGUGGCCGAGUGUGUGGAGCGGAUGGCCCCCACACUGCCCAAAAGUGACUUGAGUGAAGUGAAGGAGCUGCUGAAGAACAAUAAGAAGUUGGCCAAAAUGAUCGGUCACAUAUUUGAGAUGAGUGACGAAGACCCACACAAAGAGGAGGAGAUUAGAAAGUACAGCGCCAUCUAUGGGCGAUUUGACUCCAAAAGAAAGGAUGGCAAACACCUUACAUUGCAUGAGCUCACUGUUAAUGAGGCAGCCGCUCAGCUGUGUGUGAAGGACAAUGCCCUGCUGACAAGAAGAGAUGAGCUUUUUGCCCUGGCCAGGCAGGUUUCUCGAGAAGUUACCUACAAGUACACUUACAGGACCACCAGGUUAAAAUGUGGUGAAAGAGAUGAAUUAUCUCCAAAGAGAAUUAAAAUAGAGGAUGGAUUUCCCGACUUCCAGGAAUCUGUGCCAACACUCUUCCAGCAGGCCAGAGCCAAGAGCGAGGAGCUUGCAGGGCUCGGUUCACAGCAGGCUGAAAAGGGGAUGGCGAAGCAGAUGGAGCUCCUGUGUGCCCAGGCCGGGUAUGAGAGGCUGCAGCAGGAGAGGAGACUCACGGCCGGGCUCUACAGGCAGAGCUCCGGCGAGCAGAGCCCUGAUGGCGGCCUGCCUUCUGAUAGCUCUGAUGGACAAGGAGAAAGACCUUUGAAUCUCCGAAUUCCGAGUGUGCAGAACCGACAGCCCCAUCAUUUUGUGGUGGAUGGGGAGCUGAGUAGGCUUUACUCCAGUGAGGCCAAGUCCCACUCCUCAGAGAGCCUUGGGAUUCUAAAAGACUAUCCUCACUCUGCAUUCACCUUGGAAAAGAAAGUUAUUAAAACAGAGCCUGAAGACUCAAGAUAGCUGAGAUGCUCCUACUGUUCUCUGGAAAUGGCACCAGAUUCAAGGAUAAUGCUCCAUCAUAGAUUAAGCCUUAAUAACCAGUGUUGCCUCAUUCAGCUCACAGACCAUAGCCAAAGCAUAAGAACCCACACAGUAGUCUGUGGACAUCAGGACAAAACAACAACCACAGAAGAGGGAAUCAAGAGAGCAUUGCAAUGUAACAGACACUGACCACUUACCUUCCUGUGUAAGCUGCUUGUGUGGAAAGGCUCAAUAUUGUAGGCAUUCACUAUUUAAGAAUGUACAACAUGUCUUUGUAAUUUAUAGAAACAAGUCUAGGUGUUGAUACCUUGUGGUCUAAUAGAUGUGGAUACCAUUCAUUUUACUUGAAAUUUUGUUGUCUACUUUAAGUGUAUUUGCCAUAAAUGUUACUCGUCAGCAAUUAGAACUUUUGCAAUCAUAGAAAGAAAGUCUGGGCAAUGUAGUUAUUGGCAAGGUGACUGGAGAAAGAUGGAAGAUAAAUACACAAUUUACACCAAGGAGAAGACUGUGUGUUUAAUACUUGAUAACAUUGAUUUUGAUUAAUAGGAAAUAUGUAGCUGUCGCUAAAUAAUGUCACCUUCAUUGGUUUAAUCAAUGCACAAAUUAAAAAUUGGAGUAACAUUCCCAAAAUGAGGUAGGCUAUAUUUAUGGCAGCUGCUUAAGAUGUAACAAAGGUUGGACAGAGGACAUGAAAUAAAUGGGUUAUUGUGUAAAAGCCUUGACUUAAAAACAUUGAUAUUUCAGAAUAUGUUAAACAAAUUAAGGCAUAGUAAGAUAGCCCUAAAUGUGAUAAAGAUGAUGGAUGAUGUGGGUGAAUGGACAUGGAAUGUGUGUCUUGUUUUCAGUUCUGCUUUAGAUCAUGCUGUUAUAGAUAUGAGUUCCUAAUCUGUUAUACUGAAAUCUGUUGGCCAGAUGUUAGGUGAGAUGUGUGCACCACCACAGGCUCUAAGCAGUCACAUAGAUAGUCACUUUUCAAUUUGAUCUGUAGAAGAGUUCUACAGUAGAAACACCAGUAAACAGCUUUACUACAACUACAAGGCUUUUCCCUUCCUAGAUGAUUCUAUUGGACCAUAGCACCUUGCCCACUAAAAACUAUCUUAGGGACCAUGUGCCUCUGUUUCUACCGUGAGGUUGAUUAUUGUGGUCUCACUGUCCACUGUGUGUAGAGCUAGUGUGAUACCAUUUAAAUAGAAUGUUCAGUUUUUAAUAUUAGCCACAGCACUGGAUAUUAUCCCUAUACUUUCAUGAACCGUUUCCUGUGUUCCUUAAUCUAUUUUGAGAAAUUUUGUGGUCCUUUUUCUUUUAAAAAAAAAAAAAAACAAAAACGAAAAACAAAAAAACUAUGUCUUACAGUUCAAGUUCGUAGAUUUUAACAUUGCAAGUUAUAAAAGAUGCAGUAGUCUUCCAGCUGAUAUAUAUCUGUCUCUCCUGGACCUAGAACCUGCAUUUUUAAAUCCAGAAGAAAGUCUCCUUAAGUAGCAUACUUUUCUGACUUCCAAGCUUAGAGAUAGAGAAGAAGCACACACACACACACACACACACACACACACACACACACACACACACACAAAUUUUCAGUAGAAUACAAUUUUUAUCUUGUGAACACUAAUGUAUUAAACUUGCUAUACAUUAAAGCAAAUAAUAUAUAUUUUUAUUUGAAUGGUAUAUAUAAAUUAGAUGUUAUAACUAGUGGGGUGUUCUUCAUUUCAUUUAAGAUACUUCCACUGAACAAGGUCAAUUGGUUACCUCAGUAUUACAGCCAAUAUAACCCAAGGGACCAUUUCUCCCUAAGUCUGUGUUAUUCUUUAUUGUGUGAAUUCUGCAUUUUUGUGAUUCCUAAAACUGUUGAAGAGAUGAGUGAACUUGCUUCCCGUGGCAAUAAAGGAUUUCUCUGCCUCACAAAUCCUUGCUUAGAGUGCUUUGCAUAGCACAUGAUGUUCGUCUAUACUGCCUCCCUUACCGCAUGUCGGGACAGGAUGCGCUUCUCUUUUUUCCUGUGACACUGAGAGUUGAACCCAGAGGCUCUACCACUGAUAGGCCCAGCACUCAUGUUACUUUUUUAUUCUGAGACAGGCUUCCUAACUUGCCGCAGCUGGCCUUGAACUCACUCUGUAGACCACACAGGUGGUGGUCACCUGGGGAGACCUUUCCUAGCCUGGGCUUCAUACAUUUCACUUUUGAAAGGGCAGAGUACUUCUGACUCAGCACCAUGUUGUUUGUGACAUUGAUGCUGCUCUGAAUCUUCAAAAGAAAACCAACCAGGUUGUCAACCCAAUGAGAGCAGGAGCCCUGGUAGAUUCAAGAGAUUACAACAGCAAAUAUUUGAUGAAAGCCCUCUUCUGACCCAGCGCUGUGCAAGGGUUGGUUCUGGGGAUCCAAGAACGUGUAUUUGCUGUUAUCUCUGGGCGUUCUCAUGAAUGACAUUCUCCAGUGGCCUUCAAGUUAACAAAGGAUGACUCAGUGUCCACUGUUAUUGAAAACACACAUUGAUGACAACUGUUUCCAUAGCAACCGUGCAAGACAAACAUUCCCGACACCUAAGAGAUCAGAAGCCGACACUGUGAUAAUGCUUUCAAUUCUGAAUGUGUGGUGGCUAAAUCGUCCAGGUCACCCCUGGAUUCUGCUUUGGCUGACUUACGGAAAUGAAGAAAACAAUCACUUGUUCUUGUGCAGAAAAUAUGAAAUCAUAAUUUAAGUUCAUAAUUCUUUUAAAUUAGUCUUAUGUUCUACUUACACAUAUUUUUCUGUCUAUUUUUUUUACCAUAGCUUUAGAAAGAAUGAUAAAUAAUAGCUGGUUUUGUUAUAAAUUCAUUAGAACUCCUUCCUUCUUUCAUAUUUUCAUAGCUGCUAGGCCACACGAUUCUUGAGCACUACAGUAUUCUUUUGAAUUCUGGUCUCUUGGCAGUGCCUGAUUCUUUGGUCAUAAUUUCUAAGACUGUUCUUUUGACUGCUCCAUUUAUGUCCAGAUCUCACUUGUAAGACAUAAAAGGGCUCAUUUCUGCCAGUUCACCCUCAACCAAAGGAAAAGUUUAAUAUUGUUGUAGUGAUUUAAUAUGAUGUCUAGAACAGAAGCAUUUAAAAAUAACUCACCAAGCACUAAACUCGAUUUUUUAGCAUUCACAUGACAUGCUACUUACCAUUAGCUUUCUCUUUUUAUUUUUAAAAUAUUUCAUUGAUUUUCUAUUUUUAAAGUAGUUAAUUGGGCCAGUGUGAUGAUGCCCACUUUUAAUUAGUCCUUGAAGGUUGAGGUGGGGCAACUGUAGUUUGAGUUUGGCCUACACAGGAAGACUCAGUUGCAAAAGGAAAAGACAUUAAUUGGUAAAUAAAAAUGGUACAUAUUCAAGUGUAUAACAUGGGUUAUCUACCUGUUUUGAAAAUGUGUUCAUUGUGUGUGCAUGACAUGUUUAACACAUGCUGUGGCAUACAUGUGGGGCAGAGGGUAGCUUGGUGGAGCUGGCUCAGAAUUGAAACAAGAUACUAGGUUUGUGAGCACUGAUUAUUUAAUUUCUGUACACCGUGCAUCCUGAUUGCCACAGGCAAAUUAAGACACCUCAGUGGGAAAGUGGAUUCUGGCUGUGCUUGACUGCCACUUACCAUUCUUCAGUUUGCUUACCUUUGCUAAACUCUCAGUAGAGUGUUUUAAAUUCUACACAGCAUCACAAGACAAAGAUGUGCACUGUUAGAAACUGGGAAAAACAUAAAUUCUACUUUAUGUUCCAGAAUUUUAAUCCACUUUUUAUGAUUCUACAGUUGAACCCAGCACCUCAUGCAUUCAAGAUCAACACUGCCACCAAGCUAUGUUCUCAGCCCCUAUUUUUUUUAAAUCUUUAUAAUUGCUCUCUAUUUAAGUUUUUCAUUGUGCCUUCUCCAAAGUAUCAACUUGAUUUUUUACAACUCCAAAGAAAUGUCAUGUUGGAUGCUGCCAUCAAAAUCUGAUGCUUCAAAAUGUAGGUUAUACAGGUAACAUUGGUACAAGAUAGAAAUGCAGCAACAAAAGCUAAAAAAAAAAAAAAAAGUCCCAUGAGUCUCCUCUGUUAACCAAGGAGUGUCAAAUUCCAAGUUUCCUGGUAGUCCAAACAAUUUGCUAAUCAACCCCAUAAGCAGCGUUGCUGUGGUAAGAACCCAUGACAUUAUAAAUUAGACUGUACUUCAUAUUUACACAUUGUGAAACCUUGUGAGUCAUCUUUGUAUUAAAAAUUUACACCUCAUA